AUGGUUACACAUAAUCUAACAAGAGUCUCAGAAUUCCAUCUCCUGGGCUUCUCAGAGAAUCCAGACAUGGAGCCCAUCCUCUUUGGACUGUUCUUGUCCAUGUACCUGGUCACAGUGCUCGGGAACCUGCUCAUCAUCCUGGCUGUCAUCUCUGACUCCCACCUCCACACCCCCAUGUACUUCUUCCUCUCCAACCUGUCCUUUGUUGACAUCUGUUUAACUUCCUCUACUGUCCCAAAUUUGAUUGUGGACAUCCUAACUCACAGCAGGGUUAUCUCCUAUGUGGGCUGCCUGACACAAAUGUCUUUCUUCAUCCUAUUUGCAAGUAUGGACAACAUGUUUCUAACAGUGAUGGCCUAUGACCGGUUUGUGGCCAUAUGCCAUCCCCUGCAUUAUGCAACCAUUAUGAACCCUCACAUCUGUGUCUUGUUGUUUUUGCUCUCUGUCUUUGUUGGCCUUCUGAAUUCACAGUUGCACAACUUAAUUGCUUUACAACUUACCUGUUUCAAAGAUGUGAAAAUUGCUAGUUUCUUUUGUGAUGCUUCUCAACUCCUUAACCUUUCAUGUUAUGAUAUUUUAAUCAUAACAAUAGUCCUAUACAUUUUUGGUACCAUAUUUGCCUUUAUCCCCAUGUCAGGGAUUGUUUUCUCUUAUUAUAAAAUUAUUUCCUCGCUUCUGAAAAUCGCAUCACCUGGGGGGAGGUACAAAGCCUUUUCUACCUGUGGUUCUCACCUGUCAGUUGUUUGCUUAUUUUAUGGUACAGGCUUUGGGACAUACCUUGGUUCAGCCAUGUCAUAUUCUCCCAGCAAGGGUGAGGUGGCCUCAUUGAUGUACUCUGUGGUCACCCCUAUGCUGAAUCCCUUUAUCUACAGCCUGAGGAACAGGGACAUUCUUAGCACUCUGAAGAGGCUCCACAGUUGGAGAGUCUAA